AUGACCGAGGCAGAAGCAAGAUCAACAACAGUCAUUCGGGAUCUAAACCCUUCUGUCACUAGCUUCACCUGUCCCUUCAAUCGCUUCGCUCCGUUCGGCUACCGAAAGUUUGUAGCUGUCGGGCUUCGCAUGACAGCUCUUCGUCUCCAGCAAGGCAAUUCCACUCAAAUCUUUAUCGUUGCACCCAUUCCGCUCAAUGACGACAUCAGAAAUAAGCUCCGCUCCCUGGGUGGUGUAGAUUACAUCGCAGCAGACCUCGGCCACCACCUCUAUGUGAAAGAGUACCAAGACGAGUGGCCUGAGGCCAAAACCAUCGGAGUUCCCGGACUUCCUCAAAAGCGAAAUGACGUACGAUGGGAUGUGGUCUACGAAUCCAGAUGCAAGAAACCGGAGGCAGAGUUUGGGUGGAACGAUGUGGAGACUGUGAUUUUUGAAGGGUUCAUAACGUGGUGUGUUGCAUGGGUGCAUAAACCGACGCGGACGUUGGUGUGUACGGACUUGUUAAUGAAUCUUCCAUGUACAGAGCAAUAUGAUUACCCACCCUCCGAUCCCCUCUCCCGCGCGUUCGCCUUCGCCGCACACCCAUUUUCUACGUGGCAUAAACGUUUGAUCUACUACAUGGCUGGUGUUGAUGACAAUCUGAUGCGUCGGGAUGUGAAAGCGGUAUAUGAGAUGGAUUUCGAGGUGGUGAUCCCCAGUCAUGGAGAUGUCAUCGAGUCAGAGGGGAAGGAGGCAUGGUCGGAGUUGUAUGAGUGGUAUCUAAGGCCAGGAGUGGACAGUAUGAGUAAGAAGGUAAUGAGGGGCGUAUGGGGUAGGUGUUUGAAGUGGGGACGGUGGUAUUUUUUGAUGUGAGGAAGAAGAAGGUGCUGCCUGCGCUUCGUCGAUAGCUCGAUUAAAUCAUCGCUACACCCUCAAGAAUUCAAAGUGCUC